AUGCCCAUGAUCUGGGAUGACAAGGCGGACGCCAAGCUUUUGGUUGGCAUCAUCGCCACAGGCACCGGCGUCAACUACGAUGCCCUUGCGGAGUUUAUGGGUGCUCCCUGCACGGUGAGUGCCAUCAAGCACCGCAUUGCACGAAUCAAGGAAAAGGCCGAAGUCUCCGUGGCCCUCCCCCGCGCCUCUCCGUCCAAGUCCAGCCCGGGCCGCAGUCGAGAUUCCCGUGGGGGUUCCCGGGGCCCUAACAGGAGUCCGGGUCAGAAGCGCGCGUUCCUCAUGAAAGCCACCAAAGCCACCAUGGAGAAGGUUAAGAGCGCUAGCGUGACCAAGUCGGCUCAGUCCGAGGCUGAAGUCACCUCCGAGGAAGACCUGUCUUCCGCUUAA